AUGCGUGAACAAUUACAAGUUCAAGCAGGCAUGGCUGCAGUACAACAGAUCAAUCAACGACAUCCAUCGCUUCGUUUUACUUAUCAACAAACGGCCGAAAAUAUGCAAAUUAAUACAUCCUGGAGUACAGAUCCGGCCUUGCGCUUCGCACAAAGAGGCAAAGCACCUAUUGGUAAUGCCUCAAUAGCCGCACUUUAUAUGUCUGUAAAUUGA